UGGGAGUCAGAGUCCAUGAAGGCAAACGGCUUUGUAACUUAUACCUUAUUCUAAAUGUUUUAGACAGCAGACUUCUAGCAUUUUUUUUAUAUCGAAGGCGCUAUAUAUUUAAUUCUGAGCCAAAAUGUUUAUACACAUACCUUUAUAGUUUAUUUUUCUAGCCUUCCUUUGACAUUUCAGGAGCACUGAAGCUGUCAGACACCAGCGACACCACAUCAGUUUCAGGUAUCAACUGAAAUGUCAUGUGACAUGUCCUGUCCACUUGUAUGCGUGUCAUGACGUCGCUCUCAUCGGGGAGGUGAAGAAGAAAACAUGUAGACAUGUAGCUUGUGUUCCGCUGCUUAACACACUGUCUCAGCUACAGCUCUGUUAUCACCGGCGACUCGUCACGAUGCUGUUCACACUGCGUCUGAUGCUGGUCUUCUGGAGCACACUCAUUUACACACAAAGCCUCGAGCUCUUCGACUUCUCCAAGGACGAUGCGCUCACCUGCAGCCAGGGUCUUAUUGAUUGUAACAUAAAGCCAGGUGAUCUAUGUCUUUAUCCUGAUGACAGAGUUUUUGUGAGUGGUCUUUCUGCUGAUGCGCUCUUGUGCAUCAGUCUUCAAGGCUUAAUCCAUCCAUGCUUAAGAAUUGGGAUUAACAUUACAGCUGCAGGAGCCCAUGAGGAAGGAGCUCUGUCUGGAGAAGAUGGCUAUAAUGACAGUGAAAACAGGGCAAAGGAGCUUGGAAGUGGCCUGGAUUUACCUUUUUCCACAUCAAUGUCUGUUCAAGUGUGUUACCAGGGCCCAGACUUCUCAGGUUCAAAAGAGCUCACUUUCACACUGGCCUCCUUAGAUGACCAGGCAGCACAGAUGUGGAUGUCAUUGAUAGUAAUGCUGAGGAAAGCUGAUUUUGGCAGUUCAGUCACAGUCUUCUCUUCAAAAGUCAGCUUCACAAAACACAUCAAUGUGCCUGCAAUAGACAAAGUUUGUUCACAAGGUUUGGCCAUUGCACAGUGUAAAGUACCCAUUCUGUAUCCAGAAAUCAACCACAAAACAGGAAUGGCAGAACUACGUGUGGGAGAUCUAGCCAAUGAUGAAGUUCGUGACCUGAAGGCUUGCCAGAGGAUGGAGAAAGAUGGAACAUGUUCAAGUCUAGAUUGGAAGGAGAAUCCACUGAUGAUUCCAAUGAGCUCUGUCGCCCCCUGUCUCUGCUUUCAGAUUUGGUGGAUGCAUGGACCUCGAAAGACAUUUUGCCCAUUUCUUAACAAGACAGUUCUCUCUGUCUCUAAUGUAUCUGUGUCUGUGAUGGAGUCUUUGACUUACGAUAGUGGACCAGUUAGUAACAACACUGCACUUGUUUGGAACAUCACUGCCCCCUGCAGACUGGAGGCUGACAUUCAUCUCUGCAAGAAAACCUCAGGUUCCAACAAAGACUGCCAUGUAACAGAUGAUCUGAGGAACAGCAGGCAUCAUAUUCACAGGCAUCAGCCUCCAAAAUGGAUCUUUUGUAAUAAUACGCAGCACUGGCAAUUACAAGGCCAGUUUGCGCAAGUGGAAAGUCACCCUUCACUCUGUGUACAGAUAAAGAUUAUGGGAAUUGAAGGCCAUUUUGACCCUGUCUGCCCUUUUGAAACUUCCAGAACACACUGGAGUUUGUUUCUGUUGGUAUCUGUGCUUGUCAUGUGUCUGGCAGUUUUGGGAGCUUAUGUUCUCCAGGGAUUACUCAAAGCAGGUUGGAUAUUCAAAUGGCUAAAAAUGGAUAGCACCAGCAGUAGAGUAGGAAAUGGUCAGGUGGUGCUGCUGUACCCUCCGGAUGCUGACAGUGCUGUUGCAGUGCUGGUGUGUCAUCUAGGUUCAGCUCUCUCCUCGCUGGGAUUCGGCGUCUCUUUGGAGUUGUGGAGCCGCAAGGAGUUGAAUGCACUCGGCCCCGUCCCCUGGUUGCACUCACGUCUUCAUCGCAUGCAGUGCCAUGGUGGCAAAGUGGUGCUCGUGCUCACCCAUGCCGCUUGGGCACGAGCAGAGGAUUGGUCUCGAAGCAGGGGAGAGAAGACAGAGCGGCGAGAAAACUACUCUGAUGUUUUCGGUGCCUCACUCAGCUGCAUUCUUGCCGACUACCUGCAGGGCCGUGCCGGUGAACGCUUUGCCCUGGUGCAGUUUGAGACACAACCAGCUGAGCCCCCAAAUGAAAGGGGAUCCAUGCCUGAGCUUUUUCGUGGUCUUCCUCUUUUCAGUCUGCCCUCUCAGAGCUUGGGAUUUCUGACUGAGAUCACUCAUGGAGCUCAGAAAGGACAAAAAGAAAACAAAAGAGCUGAGAGUCGAAGAACAAGGGCCAGUGUUUUGAGAGCAGGUGCACGAAUCUUAGCAGGAACACUGCGAGAGCUAACAGGGGACGCAGGCUACAAGUUAACGGAGGUUUCUCAGGAUUGCAUAGGGUUGGAGAAGGAAGAUCCAUGGGUCACUAUACCUCUAACGCUAGAGCACUUGACUCCACCUGCUAGUCCUGAGUUACACAGUGACAACAGCACUGUCAAUUGAUUUCCUGUAAAUGAGUUGGAAAAAUCAUUGAAGUGCAUAAGACAUUGUUUUGUUUUAACUCUGAUGUACAGUUUAAAACUAAGCAAAUCAGUGUCCCACUGAUGAGUGAGCCAGGCCAUGAUUCAACUCAUUAGCAAUACAAUACAAGAGUUACUAUCAUGCAGAGUUUUGCAGCUUCUCCCUGUGUUUGUGUCUGUUUCCUCCAGGAUUUCCAGUUUCCUACCUCAGUUUCCAGUUGCCCCUAGGCAGUGUUGUAUAAAGUACUAGAAAGCAAUACUUGAGUAAAAGUACAAGUAUCGUACUAGAAAAAGACUUUGGUAGAAGUGAAAGUUACCUUUUAGAAUAUUACUCAAGUAAAAGUCUUAAAGUAUCUGAUAUAUACUGUAUUUAAGUAUCAAAAGUAAUUUUCUCAUAUUUAAUGUACUUAAGUAUUUGAAGUAAAAGUAAAAAGUUGUUGUUGUUUUUUUUAAUUGCAAGCAGUUAGAACUUUGAUUGUGAACUUUAUUGUAGCUUUCUUAUAGUAAAGCAUAAAGCAUAUUCAGGGUUCCCAUAUCUUCUUAAUCUCACUCAUCAAAUCAAAAUCACAGUCUUUUCCAGGACUUUUCAGGCACAAUUCUCUUAAGUUCACAGUACAAACAGCAUAUUUUUAGAGUUGACAUCAAAGAAAAAAACAGAAACAGAAAUUUCACUUUUGUAUGAACUUCAGGUAAAAAUGAAAAAUAAAUAAUAACUUAUUUCUUUAAAAAAAAAAAGACCUGCUGGUAGGGAGAACAUUUUGGUCAUGUGGUAUGAGCAUUUGUAGGCCUUACUCCCCAGGUCACCAUCUCACACACACACAGGCCACCUAUGUGCAGCAGAUACUAAUACGCCAUGUGUGUGUACUGUGAAGGAUGGCAUUCACCUUAUCCAGGGGGAAUCUGAAUCCCUCAUAACUCUGACCAUGGUAAAGCGAUCACCGAAGAUGAAUGAAAAAGUACCAUAUUUUUUAUACUCAGUACUGUAGGAAGAGGGGAUUAAAAUGCAAUUGUCAUUUGGUCACACGGUAGCUCUUGGGUGGUAUUUAGAGGAGUUCCUCGGUUCCUUCACCAGAUUGUACAGGUUGAAUAUCGCUACAUUCAAAUCUAACCAAACUAAAACUAGACAUGAAAUGGCCAAUGGAAAGACAGGUUUCUUUCUUUCUUUCUUUCAAAGAUAUUUCACAGAACAUCAUUGAUAUGGCUUGUACCUGUGAUGAGCUAUGCCGUAUUCAUCCAUCAGUAGGAUUUAACAAUUUAUGUUAAAUAAAAUAAAAAUUGCGAUUUACUAUGAAAUCAGGCAGGUUUGGCUCAACGGGACAUUGGUUGCUAAGCAGUAAACAGAGCACUAGGAUUAAACAUUCACACUGUUUUGAUGGCUCAUUUGUACUAUAAACCUUAAUUAAGACACUACCAGAAUAUAAUCUUCUGUGUAACAACAGACAGUCGUGAUACACAAAUUUCAUUUAUAUCAGACAGAGAAUAAAUGGUUUUUCUUUUUUUUGUAUGCUUUUCUUAUCUUAUCUGUCCUGUUUGUAAAUAGUAAUCCAGUUUGUAAUGGGUGUUGCAUUUGUGUGUCUGUCAAAUGUUUUGCUUGUGUUUUUUUUUUCCAGAUUACUCCAAAGUGCCUUCUGUUUACCUUAAAUAAAUAAAUGAAACAAA